AUGAUCCAAAGGCUGUCUGGCACUGAACCUGAUCUGUCAGAUGAUCAGUGCCAGUGAAAAGCCUCGCCCAUAAGGUGGCUAAAAAAAUCACAUGACUUUAGAUGAAAACCGGCUGAUCCUCUGCAGCUAAACUGUGUCAGUACAGCCAAGGGGGAAAUGGAGGAUGCCUCGACCUCUAGGGACAGCUCUUGGAUGACACUUUUUGCAACUGGUCCCAGAAGACGGAAGGAAAGGGAUUCAGAAAAUGUGCGGAAAGGCUGAGAGAUGGUUUGAGCACAAAAAGGGAAAAGAUCAAACCGGCACAACUGAACAGUGCUUUGAGAGGUCAUUAUGACAGGCUGGAUCCUGCACCUGAACGGGGGUUUUCUCCAAAUUCAUUAGUACAUAUUGGGGCGGUGCGGUGUAAACUAAAACAACCAAGAGAAAAAGUGACAGAAGUAACAUUUUCUACUAAAGCAACCAGCAACAACACAACACCUGAAGACAAGGAUCCUGCUCGGCUACUGGCAAGGUUUCUUUUAACUUCCAAUCCCAGAACCACUGUGAGACGGAGAGCAACUUUGGGUCCUGGUCCAAGCUUCCAUUCAGAGCCUCUGAGACAGGCUGUGACAACGGGACAGGAGGAGAGAUGUUACGACCCUAACGACCCCACCCUUACGCUUGUGGAUGGAGAAGAUGACAUGGACUGUAAGUAGGACAAGAACCCAAAUAUUGGUCCAAGUUUCAGCAACCAUCCGUGGUUUGUUUGAUAAUGUAAAGAGAGCGGGAUCUUCCAUUCAAUUGACCCAGAAAACCUGUAAUUCUUACCUUGUUAGGCAUGACCUCUGACCUUGAACUGUCCAUUACUCUCUCUCAUAUUUGACUUGUUUGUCUCACAGUUGAACUAAAUGAGUACAAGUCUCGCAGAGCAAAGAUGUCCUGUGGUCAUACUGUCACUCCCACUUCCCUCAUGAACUGGUGUCACAGGUUGUUAGACAAGGUAAAAUAUUUGUAGUACAUUUUUUAUCACCUCUCUUUCUCUUUUUUAUUUUAAAGGUUUCAGAAUUGUACGCUGAAUGAAAUGUUGUUUGGGGGCCGAGCAGCUGGGGUGACCAAAGUGACAAGACUGUACAAAUUUGAUAACCAAGGAGAACAGUUUCUGAAGUUUUGAAAGUGAAAUGUUGUCCUGAUUUUGACUGACAUAAACCUUCAACUGUUAAGGGUGACUUUUGUUGUAGUAAUGUUUUGUUUAGGGAUUUUUCGGGAUUUCUUAUGUUGUUCCUCUUCUUGAUUAUGUCAUGAACUGCAUCAAGACUACUUUUCUCCUCAUUUUGAAGGGCGAGACCACUUUUGUUUGCGGUCAACCAGGCUGCAAUAUUGAGUGGUCCUUUGAAGAGGUUUACAAAAAAGCUCUUAUGACUCCAAAAGAAAUUGAGCAAGUUGACAAGACACUGUUCGACAGAGUCGCCAAAGACCAGCUAGAUGCCAAAACUGUGAGUAUCCACCUAUCACAGGCCGUUCCUAGAUACUUUGUGCAUUCUUGUAAUUGGGAACGUUUUUGCAAACUCUUGGUUGUGUCAACCAAAUUUACUCAACAGUGUCCCGGCUGCAAGAGUUUGGUGAUGAGGAAAGACAUCAAUAACUUGAGGGUGUUCUGCCCAGUUUGCUCAACUAACAAAGCAAAGUCCUUUGAGUUCUGCUGGCAGUGUUUGAAGGAAUGGAAACGUCCAUCACCAUACUCAGACCGUUGUGCAGAGCCUGGUUGUGUCAGUUUGUCACUAGAAAUUCUGAGAACAUGUCCAGAGAUCAUCUUCAAGGAUGUGAGGAACGUCACCGGCUGUCCGUCUAUCCGUGCCUGUCCCACCUGCGGUUUGCUGAUCGAGCACAACAAGAAGAAAUGCAAGAACAUCACGUGUCGGCGUUGUAAGGUUGACUUUUGUUUUGUGUGCUUGAAGCUCACUAAAGAGUGUUUAUCUUUCAACCAAUAUUCAUUUUUCAUACCCUGCCAAAACAGUGGUGUCGCCCCCAGACAGACAUCUAUACCUGUGUGGAGGAAAGGGAGUUAAGAAACUGCAUGAAGGAGUCAACAUGGCUGUAUUUUAUUUUACUCUGUUGUUUUAGGAUACCAGAUGAUGGCACAUGGCCCCUCUGGAGUGACAAGCCUGCAAAAAAGAAAGUAGCAGAAAAAAAACCCAACAUUGUCAAUAAAAACAGUUUGUUGCUGCACCCACAAAUAUAACUUUACAUUUGGAAUUAUGAUUCAGAACCAUCAGCAACUUAAGCCUGAGCUUAUCUAAGACGAGCCAAGUCAGAGUUGAAUCUUAAUCUAGCAUCUAGACAAUGCUAAAUUAGAUUCAGCGUGUAGUACAACAGAGUGAAAGAGUCCAGCCUUCUGUCCUAAACUGUUUUCCAAAGUUGAAAAUUUUUUUUAAACGAGCAUCUAGACUUUUCAUAGAGUUUUUCAGUUUCAACACUGGGAAUAUUGUCUUUACACUUUUUUUUCAAUUCAAUUCAAUAAAGCAUUUCUCUGAUUUGAAAAAUGUUCAAAUUCUGUUUAUAUCAAAAUUUGUAACUUGCCCGACUUAAGUUGAAGUGUGUCGUGUUUCCAUUUGCUCUGUGAUCUUUAUUUUUAUAAUUGUUAGGUCUGAGUCAUUACUCAAAACUAUGUCAUUACAUCUACAACAAUAAAUAACAUUGGUUGUAAAUUUGUGUGUGAGGCAUGUCUAUCAUCCAGAAGUACAAAGUAGUAACAGUAUUCAAUUAAAGUGACACAGUUUUUUUUUUUUUUUGCAUUGUUGCUAGUGUUUUUCACAAGAUAAUCUAGGUUAAGUAUGUUUUUGUGUACUAUUCAGUUCUUUUUUUCCAAGUCUUGUCCCUGUCACUCCACCCAGUGUUCACCCUGCAAAUAAAACCAGCUCAGUUCCUCUUCAUGAGUCUUCUUUAUUGAGUAUGGAUGCAUGCUUCAGCUAUGACUCUACUUGUUUGACUUAAUCCUUUUCUUUUAAGUAAAGAUACCCAGUAGCAUUCAUGUAGAGAAAAAAAAAACGGUUGGGAUUUUGUUUCCAUGUAUGCUGAGUCAGUAAAUUCAAUAAAAGAUGUUUCUCAGUGAACUAAUUAUUUUUAUGUGUCAUCAAUUCCUGUAACAAGCUAUAUUUGACACACCUGCUUAAAGGGAAAUCUCUUACAGCACUCAAAACUAAUUACCAUUGGACCAGCUUCAGGACUUUCUGCUGCAGAAACCAAAACUAGGAUCCAGAGUUUUAAAGCCCAUCACCUAUAUUUUUUUACAUUUCGCAAAAAAGCCAGUCCAGACAACUGCAAGAGCAGACAAUCCAACAGUAUAUGAAACUUAAUUCAAAGUGCUAAUGAUUUCUAAAUUAGGACUGAGGCCCCGCCCACAAGGAGGAUCUAUGACUGCAGGUAGGAACAGGAUGAUCCUGUACAACUCAUCUGUCAGUGAGGUCGAAUCAAAAUGGGGAACAGACAUUCAACUGAACACAGGACUGAUGAUCCACCGCAGUGGAAAAUGCAUUUAGGAACAGCCCCCAUCAGAGUAAGAAGAAAAAUCUCAGAACCUGAACAUGAUGGGACUGAUCCUCCAAAACCGGGUGAGGAUGAGGCAUCCAGAGAGACUCCAGCUGCUCGGACAAGAAUCUCUGCAACUGCUACCAGAAAAAUGAGUAAUCCAUACGAUUUCAGACCAGUCAGAGAGAGGCCACAAUUAACAGAAACUCUGUUUAUCCCUGAGGAAACUGCCAACACGCCGGCACCUGAUCUACACAAUCCUGAUCGAGCAUUCAGAAGACGGAAUACUGCAAAACGUAAAAGUAGUAAAUAUUUGGCAAAGUUAAAAGCUAAGGACUCAACUCAAGACAGCAACACCACGACGGCUGAUCAAGAGGAGAGAUGUUACGAUCCUAACGACCCCACUCUUACGCUCAUGGAUGGAGAAGAUGACAUGGACUGUAAGUAGAACCCCAGUGAUGAUGUGAUAAUUGAUAAGAAUAAUCCAUGCAGCAGCCAUGUUCUUGAGACAUCAUACUCAGGGUGGGAAACUCGUGUGUUAUUUUAAAUGGAAUACUGAAGAGGUCUUGUGUUUUUGUUUUACUGUGACAAACUAAAACUCAAGUCUCAUGGUCUCCUCCUUUGACUUGUUUGUAUCCCAGUUGAGCUGAACAAGCACAGGUCUCUCAGAACAAAGAUGUCCUGUGGUCACACUGUCACUCCAUCUUCUCUCAUGACAUGGAUUCACGUGUUGGUAGACAAGGUAAAGUACCAGUGAUCUAUGUCAUGUCUACAUCAGGUUGACUUUCUGUCUCACUCCAGAGCCUUCUGUCUUACUUGAUUGAUCUUGUUUUCACUCCUUAAGGGGGAGACCAGAUUCAUCUGUGGUCAACCAGGCUGCAAUAUUGAGUGGCCCUGUGAAGAGGUUUACAAAAAAGCUCUUAUGACCCCUGAAGAAAUCGACUAUUUUGACAGGACACUGUUCAACAGAGCCAAGGAUUACCUGGACAUCAAAGAAGUGAGUAUUUAAGUCAGAGGCUGUUCUUUUGUUAUUUUAAUCAAGGAUAUUUUUUCAAAUCUGCUGUUUCUUUCAACUAAAUGUACUCAACAGUGUCCUGGCUGCAAAAGUUUGGGGGUGAGGAAUAGCAAAAACAUUCUGGAAGAGUUCCGAAGUUCCGAGUUCUGAUGGCAGUGUUUGAAGGAAUGGAAACGUCCAUCACCAUACUAAGACCGCUGUGCAGAGCCUGGUUGUGUCAGUCAACCACUAGAAAUACUGAGAGCAUGUCCUGAGAUCAUCUUCAAAGAAUGUGAGGAAUGUCACCGGCUGUCCAUCUAUCCGUGCCUGUCCCACCUGUGGUUUCCUGAUUAAGCACAAAAGGAAGAAAUUCAAAAACAUCACCUGUCGGCAUUGUAAAGUUAACUUUUGUUUGGUGUGCUUGAGGCUCACUGAAGAGUGUUUAUCUUUGAACCUAUAUUCAUAUUUCAUACUCUGCCAAAACAGUGGUGUCGCACCUAGACAGACAUCUAUACCUGUGUGGAGGAAAGGGAGUUAAGAUAUUGCAUGAAGGAGUCAAGAUUGUCCAUUAUUCUACUCUGACAUCACACGGCCACUCUGGAGUGCCAAGCCUGCAAAAAGAAAGUAGCAGAAAAAAAACAACAUUGUCAAUAAAAACAGUUUGUUGCUGCACCUACAAAUCUAACUUUACAUUUGGAAUACGAUUCAGAAACACCAGCAACUCAAGCCUGAGCUCAUCUAAGACAAGCCGAGUCAAAGUUUAAUCUUUAUUUAGCAUUUAGACAAUGCUAAAUUAGCUUCAGUGUGUAGUACAACAGGAUGGCUCUGUAGUAGAAGAGUCCAGCCUGCUCCUAAACUGUUUUCCAAAGUUUAAAAAUUUUUAAACAAGCCUCUAUACUUUUCAUAAAACAAUAUGUUUACAGUUUCAACAAUGGGAUUAUUGUCUUCAAACAUUUUUUUUUUCAAUUCAAUGAAGCAUUUCUCCGAUUUUAAAAAACUUUCAAAUUCUGUUUGUUUCAAAAUUUGCACCUUGUCCAGCUUAACAGUGGGGUAGGCAGGAUCUGAGGAAGUGCCAGUUUUUCAGAGAAAUCUUGAAUGUAAACUCGACCCCUCCCAACCAGUUUUCCCCUCAGCUCCUCCUCCCUCCCUGCUCCAGCAAGCCCCGCCCACAAACAGACACUCCUGCUCAGCAUUGGUGCUACUGUAGAUGACAACAGAGUACCAGCAAACACAAUGUUUGCAGGACUUCUACAACUAGCAUAAAGUGACAAACUCCAGGACCCGAGGUAAACAGUGUAGCGGUGCUACAACACGCAGCAGGUCCCAUUUGACAAGAAACACUUCUGUGACAGACACUUGGCUUACUUUGAUAAAGUGGUUUACCUGUCCAGCAGAAAAGUUACAGGGUCCGCAAGAUCCUAAAGCGUCCCCUAUCAUUUAUGCUGAUGUUGACCCGGCUUCUUAGCUCUUGUCCGGUCUACCUCCAUUUUACGCGCCUGUUAUUCCGCCAGAGUCUCCGGUAUUUACCUUGUUUUCUUGCUUGUGUUGGCAGUUGUGGUCAAAGGAGGAUUCAGAAAAUUCCUUAUUUUCGGGUUGGUUUCUCCAGUCCGAAAUCGUAGCACGCUAACUUUGUUUGGGAUCGUGAAUGACACGGGGGAGCAGCGUCUGCCUCACAUCCAAUCAGGUCGAGGAGGCAGAGAAUGGCUUUGUUUACAGUCAAAAAGAGCGGGUCGCCCAAAAAUUUUAAAAUGUUGACUUCACAGGAAUAAGAGAAUUCAGAGAUAUUAUUAUAUUAUCAAAUGUCAUCAAUGUCUAAUAACUAUUGACUGAUAUUAUAUGCUUUUUUGUAAAUCCUGCCUACCCCACCUUUGCACUGUAGUUUUUUUUAAAAUGCUACAUCCUUGUUUCUAACCAUCAAAAGAACAAUGUCUGGAGUCUUUCUUGUUCUGUUUGUUAUUAUGUUUUGUCGUCACUCACAACAUGAACUGCUUCCUGCUUCUUGCUCCUGUCAGUAUGUUGUUCAACUGCAUUCAGGUGUUGGCAGUGUUUCAUGUUGAUGAAAACACCUCAGUUUAUUUUCAGGCUUACUAUUUUAACAACUGAAUAUAAAUCAAUGAAGAUCUGAAGUUGUGUGAUUUUACGGUGUUCCACAGGGAUGCGUUCUUGUACCCUUUCUAUUCCAUUGAAAUCUAUAAUUCAGCUGCUGCAACUCCACCCAUGGUGACUGAGCUCUCUGCAAAGAAAACCAGCUCAGUUCCUCUUCAUGAGUCUCAUUUAUUAAGUAUGGAUGCAUGCUUCAGCCAUGACUGUUUGUUUGACUUAAUCCUUUUCCUGUAAGAAGACAAAGAUACCAGCUAGUAUUCAUGUACAGAAAUACAAAUCAAGCCAAACUUGAUUAUUUUUCUCUGCAUAUGCUGAUUCAGUAAAUUCAAUAAAAGAUGUUUCUUAGUCAAUGAAUUACGUUUAAUGUGUCAUCUGUUCUUGUAACGAGCAUUAAUUUUGACCUCUCUCACGGCACUUAAAAGUUAUUACCAUUGAACCAGUUCCAGCGUCCUCUGCUGCAGAAACCAAAACUAGGAUCCAGAGUAUUCAAAGCCUAAUGUGUAUUAAUAGAAGGUUACACUGAACAAGGCUGUUCGAAAAGUACGGUAAAUUCCAGUCAGAGCUGGCAAAGACAGUAAAUAACACAGUUGAAGGUGUGGUGAUACAGUCUCACUGUUUCUUUUGAACACAAGCUACAUUACAAAAGGAAAUGUCCCACAUGUCAAACUCAGUAACUUCAGGUUUGUUUUUAGUUUUUUUUUUUUUUUUACAAUGCUUUAAAAUGAUGUUUAAUAUUUGUUAAUAGAAUAGAAUAGAAAAAAUUUCCCCCAUGGGAGAUCAAUAAAGGAAUAUUCUAUUCUAUUCUAUUCUAUUGAUAUCAGGGUGGUGUGCGAAGCUUGACAUAGUUAAAUCCAUUUGGAAACUUGGCCCAAUAUGUUAUUUACAGAGGUAAAAUUUUGAGCUGGAGGACUUAAGUUGCUUUCAAACUGCAUGACUAAACGCGUAAUAAAAUUUAAUUUUAAAAGUGACACAUUUGGUCAUUCAGAAAAUCUGAAUUUGUUGAUUUUUUAAAAUGUUUUCUUUGCAACAGGACAGGGAGAUAUUUGCUCUCCUACAUAAAAUAGACAAUGCAGCACAGUGAUGUUCUGAUCAUACUGAUUUAUUAUAAAUAUACAAACAUAGUCAAAUAGAUUUAGUGACGAAGAUAAGACAAAGAGGAUGAGAGUACAGGAAAAAUCAUUAAUUCUGUCCUUAGAUUGAAAUACAAUUGAUGUCCAAAACGGCGGCGUGGUCUGGAUCUGUGGGUUAUUGUCUUGUGUCUCUGUCUGCUUAGUGUCCUCCCGGCAGUAUCAGCAGACACUGGAUGGUGGACAUAUGUUGGAUCCCAUAGGACAUCAGGAGAGACGAUUCCUCCAGAGUCUCGGUCCUGUACACCAUCCGGAUGUCAUCACCUGAGCAGAAAUAGAGAGUCUGAACUCUGGGCUUUUUCUUUCGGUAUGUUUUAAAGGAGCUCUUAGACAACAGUAUUGAUCUGUUUUUUUAUUGCAUUGAUAAAAAAGUUGUCUCUGUGAUCUGAUAAAAAAGUGAAGAAAAUAAUCAGAGUAAGACUUACCUAUUUUUAGAUGUGUCAUGAUUAUCCUUUUCAGCUGGACCACGGUGAUAUUCUUCAUCUGCUCCACGUUGUCACAAACAGUGACAAUCUUUUCUUCCCCUCUGGGAUCGUGUACUUUCACCUGGAUACCCAUUUUGCGACUAAGCCAGUCAAGACAACUGCAAAGUAUAUGAAACUUAAUUCAAGGUGCUUGCGAUUUCUAAAUCGGGACUGAGGCCUCGCCCACAAGGAGGAUCUCAUGACUGCAGGUAAAAACCAGAUGAUCCUGUGAGGCUCGUCUAUUAGUGAGAUCGAAUCAAGAUGGGGAACAGAUAUUCAACUGAACACAGGUCUGAUGAUCCACCGCAGACGAGAAAGCACUUAGGAACUGUCCCCAUCAGGGUAAGAAGAAAAAUAUCAGAACCUGAACAUGAUGGGACCGAUCCUCCAAAACCGGGUGAGGCUGAGGCACCCAGAGAGACUCCAGCUGCUCGGACAAGAAUCUCUGCAACUGCUCCCAGACAAAUGAGUAAUCCAUACGAAUUCAGACCAGCCAGAGAGAGGCCACAAUUAACAGUAACUAUGUUUAUCCCUGAGCAAGCUGCCAACACGCCGGCACCUGAAGAACAACCACCCAGAGGGAGGCCAAAAUCAACAGAAAGUACGUUUAUCCCUGAGCAAACUGCCAACACGCUGGCACCUGAAGAACAACCACCCAAAGAGAGGCCGAAAUCAACAGAAAGUACGUUUACUCCUGAGCAAACUACCAACACGCCGGCACCUGAACAACGCAAUCCUGAUCGAGCAAUCAGAAGACGGAAUACUGCACAACGUGCAAGUAAGAAAUAUUUGGCAAAGUUGAAAGCUAAGGACUCAACUCAAGAGAGCAACACCAUGACAGCUGAUCAAGAGGAGAGAUGUUACGAUCCUAACGACCCCACUCUUACGCUCGUGGAUGGAGAAGAUGACAUGGACUGUAAGUAGAACCCCAGUACUGAUGUGAAUUUAUCAAAAGGAUGUUGAACGAUAUUAAACCGCCAAGGUUUGGGUGAAUACUCAACAGUGAUUGGUUGAUAAUUGGUAAGAAUAAUCCCUGCAGCAGCCAUCUUCUUGAGACAUUAUACUCAGGGUGGGAAACUGAAAAGGUCUUGUGUUCUUGUUUUACUGUGACAAACCAAAACUCAAGUCUCAUGGUCUCCUCCUUCGACUUGUUUGUAUCCCAGUUGAGCUGAACGAGUACAAGUCUCUCAGAACAAAGAUGUCCUGUGGUCACACUGUCACUCCAUCUUCUCUCAUGACAUGGAUUCAAGUGUUGGUAGACAAGGUAAAGUACCAGUGAUCUAUGUCGUAUCUACAUCAGGUUGACUUUCUGUCCCACUCCAGAGCCUUCUGUCUUACUUGGUUGAUCUUGUUUUCACUUCUGAAGGGGGAGACCAGAUUCGUCUGUGGUCAACCAGGCUGCAAUGUUGAGUGGCCCUGUGAAGAGGUUUACAAAAAAGCUCUAAUGACCCCUGAAGAAAUCGACUAUUUUGACAGGACACUGUUCAACAGAGCCAAGGAUUACCUGGACAUCAAAAAAGUGAGUAUUUAAGUCAGAGGCUGUUCUUUUGUUAUUUUAAUCAAGGAUAUUUUUUCAAAUCAGCUGUUUCUUUCAACUACUCAACAGUGUCCUGGCUGCAAAAGUUUGGUGAUGAGGAAAAACCUAAAUGAUCUGAGGGUGUUCUGCCCAGUUUGCUCAACCAACGAAGCAAAUUCCUUUGAGUUCUGCUGGCAGUGUUUGAAGGAAUGGAAACGUCCAUCACCAUACUCAGACCGCUGUGCAGAGCCUGGUUGUGUCAGUUUGUCACUGGAAAUACUGAGAAGAUGUCCAGAGAUCAUCUUUGAAGAUAUGGUGAACAUCACUGGUUGUCCGUCCAUCCGUGCCUGUCCCACCUGUGGUUUGUUGAUCGAGCACAACAAGGAGAACUGCAAAAACAUCACAUGUCGGCGUUGUAAGGUGAAGUUCUGUUUUGUGUGCUUGAAGCUCACUGAAGAGUGUUUAUCUUUGAAUCUAGGCAAAGAUCCACAUUACAUUGCUUGUGUGAGUGGUAUCGCCCCCAGACAGACAUCCAUACCUGUGUGGAAGAAAGGGAAGUAA